ACUAUUUGUCUCCAAUCAAUGUAUUUCCGCACUCUCCUCUCUUUACAUACUCACUUUAUAUUUUCCAUAAGAAUUCAUGCUUAGUUAAGUAGCAAGCGGAGGAGAUUUCCGACACAUCCUUAAUUUUCAGAUUACACGCCCUCAAGCUUCAUUCCGCAGGAAUGACGUCAUCGGACGAGAGCAAUGGCAUGAGGAGAAGCGAUGGAAACAACCCUUCUUCACAACCCUUCAAUGAUGAUGGCUACAUUGGAUAUGAUCAUCAAAUCUCGUCAGAACACUACGCAUUUGAUGAACCUGCAACAGUGGAAGGCAACGACGACAUCCCUCCUCCUCCUCAGCCGCCACCGCAUGAUUAUUUUGGUGGCGGUAUUGGUAAUAACGAUGGUGUGCGGUCCUCUAAGGCUUACGGGUUUGCAGCCUCUAUAAAUCAAGAGUAUACAGAUUAUCCCAUUGAAAGCUCAGAGGCACAUGGUUCUCCUAGGUCUGAUGUCCAGUCCAAGCCUUAUGAUUCUGAGGGGAUCUUUGACUCUGGCGGUAGCGGGGGUGGGCCUCUUCUUCCAGACCCCAACCAGAUGGUGGAGGAAGCAGUCGCGUUCCGCGAGUGGCGUCGCCAAAAUGCUAUAUAUCUUGAGGAGAAGGAAAACAAAGAGAAGGAAAUGAGAAACCAAAUUAUCCAAGAAGCUAAUGAAUAUAUCCGAGCAUUUUAUGAGAAAAGGAACAAAAAUUGUGACAAUACCAAAGCCCAAAAUCGAGAAAGUGAGAAAUUGUAUCUAACCAACCAGGAGAAAUUCCAUAAAGAAGCUGAUAAGCACUACUGGAAGGCAAUUGCGGAGCUAAUACCACGUGAGGUUGCAAAUAUUGAGAAAAGGGGACGAAAGAAGGAAGAUGAAAGGAAACCUGGAAUCACGGUCAUUCAAGGUCCAAAGCCUGGUAAGCCAACUGACCUAUCAAGAAUGCGUCAAGUUCUUCAGAAGUUGAAGGUAAAGCCCCCACCACAUAUGAUGCCUCCACCCCCUCCUGCAAAGGAUACAAAUGAUCCAAAGGACACUAGUAAGGAAACAAAAGAUGUUAAAGAUGACGAAAAGAAAAGAAUGAGUGAUAAGAAUGAAACAAAAGAUGAGAAAAAUGAUGAGAAGAAGGAAGUGACUACUAAUUCAUCUAAUAUGGACGGUGGAGUUGGUGCCACAGGUGAAUCGGCUAAAACGGUCAUACCAAGUUCACUUGAAGGAGAAAAGGGAGUGGUCACUAGUUCUUCAACCGCUUCUGCAUAGGUGGAGUGUCAUAUUUUAGAAGUACAAUUUUUUUUCUUUGAUUUGUUUGUAGUUCACUCAAUAUUUGAGUAGCUAGGAAGAUAAAUAAGUUUAGCUUUGUUUUGGUCCACAUGGCUCCAUUGGCUCUAUUACGUCUCCCAGGAUGCAUAAUCCUUGUUUGUUGUUAGUGUAUUUGCCACAUUUGAUUUACAUUACGUCUCCCAUGAAUAAGGUAUGGAAGGUAUGUUUCUAAAAAGGUUC